CUGACUGAUAAAUUAUAAAUAAAUAAUAAGUGAUAGGUCUAUUUAAAAUCAUUUGCAGCUUUUUAAUUUUAGGCCUAACAAUUACAUUGGUCACAACAAGAUUGUAGUAGCCAUAUGCAUUGAAAAGGGACAGACAAUUUCACGUUUAACUUUUUAAAUACAAAUAAUUAUAUUUUCCUGUUCAUAAAAAUUUCACUUGUAUUGAUGAGAGUAAGAUCUUAUUACAUUGGACCAUAAAAUCUUUGCCCACACUUCCCCCAUGGCUGAUGUCAGUGGUUCACAAGCCCCACAGGCAGGAACCAGUGCCACAAAGGUUGAUACACCUUCUGAAACUAAAGAGAAUAUUGCUGAGCUCAAUGUCAGCAAUGUAGACCUACUGGAGAGCGGGAUUGAAGCUGCUAUUGGGGCCAUGCCAGAUUUCUUGAGUGCCAAGUGGGACCCUGAUGACCCAACAGAUACAGAAGUGACCAAUCCACCUUCACCCUCGUGUAUUAGGCGCAUUAAAAAUGAUAUUUUAGCAAUAUAUUCUGAUCCACCUCCAGGACUUUGUGUUAUGCCAGAUCCUAAUAACAUCACCAAGAUUCAUGCCCUCCUGACUGGUCCAUUCGACACGCCAUAUGAAGGUGGAUUCUUCUAUUUUCUCAUCCGCUUUCCCUCAGACUAUCCCAUCAGCCCUCCUCGGGUCCGCUUAAUGACAACAGGAAAUGGAACAGUCAGAUUCAACCCAAAUUUAUACAAAAACGGCAAAGUCUGUCUCAGUAUAUUGGGAACAUGGGCAGGUCCAUCUUGGAGCCCAGCACAGACCUUAUCAACUGUUCUCAUUUCCAUUCAGUCCCUGAUGAAUGAGAAACCGUACCACAACGAACCAGGUUUUAAACAUGAACGGACGUCUGGCGAUUCGAAACAUUACAAUGACAUAAUCCAGCAUGAGACCAUACGUGUGGCUGUAUGUGAUAUGAUUGAUGGGAACAUCCGGAUACCAGACACAUUAAGGGUUGUCAUGGAGAGCUCAUUUCCUGACUAUUACAAAUAUUAUGUCCAAGUGUGUGAGUCUCAUCUUCACCUGGAUGGCAUGGACAUGAAUGAUCCUUUUGGAGACUCCAGACCCAAGUUUGACUUCAAGUCUUUACUCAAACGCCUGAAGGCCAUCCGGGCAAGGCUGGAUAAUAAGACCACAGACAGCGACAGUCAGGAGGAGUUGGAUGAAGAUGAUGAUCAAAGUGACAAGGAGGAAGAGGAGGAUGAUAAAAGUUGACGCCAAGAGUACCGUCCCAGCCAGGAGGGGGUGGGGCCACACCAAGGGACCUGUGGGACAUGUCGCUGCGGCUGUGCUGUUUUAUAAGGAAGCAUUUUGUGAUAAUUUUUUUUAAUGUGAAUAGCAUGUGUAUUAUAGAUUUGUAUUGAUUUACAGUUUUUUUGUAUAAAGCUUGAUGCAGAUGGCAGUUUUGAAUUAUUGCCAGAUUUUUAAAACUGUUAAUGGUAACUUGUAUAGCUAAAAUAUGUGCACCAUUCACAAUUUUUAACCAAUACUUUUUAAAGCUACUUCUAAUUCUAAUGGAUGUUUCAGUGGGCUUUUAAAGUUUUUUCUUUCUUACUUUUGCAGAGAGGUUUGACUUUAGUUAAAAAAAGAUUGUGUUCUUUAUGUAUUUUUACCGCAGUCAUUUGAGUUAUAGACAAUGAAAAUCUGGAAACAACAUUAACCUCAGAAAACUAAUGUCUUGAGGACAGGCCUAGACAAAUGCAUGGUAAAAUACUGAGUUCAAAUCCCCUGUAUGUUUUGUGUAGAUCCAGAGCUAGUCAGUUUUCUGUGACUGACCAGGAGGAACUUUUCUAACAGGCUGUCUAGUUAAUUCUACCUGCUUCUGUUUCUCAUUUGUGGUUAGUAAUGACAUCUGAAAACUAAUUAAUGCUGUUGCAGAUAUUUAGUUGUGAUGAUUAUUUACUUAAAUUUUCAUUAUUUUCUGAAUGGAAUGUUCAUGAUGUACAUUUUUAAGACACCCUGUUAAUAUGGAUGCAUUAAAACAUGAGGGAACAAACCUUGGAUGGAACACUUGUGUUAUUUCAAGUAGUAAUGGGGGCGUGACCUUCUGCUGUUUACUAACAAAUAGUUAAUGUAAAUAAAUUACUUUUUUUCUAUGUUUAUCAUAGCUAUGUAAACAAUUUGUACAAGUUAGAUAGACUAUGACGAUUUUGGUUAACCCAGACAAUCUUUAAGUUGGUCGUUGCCAUACAUACUGUGUUAUUCUACCUGUUUUCUUUUUAAAAUGUUGUGUUCAUAAAAUGACUGCAUUAUUACAAGUACACUGAUAUUAUUGUCUCAUAUCUCCCUCACAAAUACCUACUAAAGUUAAUGAUUUUUAGGCGGUAAAUAAAAAAAACAUUCCAAAGAUUUGAAACAAGUUACACCCAUGGUCUAAGACUUGACAUCUCAUAAGGAUUUUUUUUAUAUCCUUCUACCAACAGAAAUGUUUAAUCACAUUUUAAAUGAAGCAUGGCUGUUUCCAACAAAUCAUCUCAACAAAAAUUAAGUGAUUACUAGAUCUAUUAUUACAGUAGAACAGCAGUCACAUAUCAGAUUACUGACACUUUUUAUUUUACUUAAACUUUGCUGAAAGUUUUUGUACAUUAUAGGAUCUGAGCCUUUUAGAUAGAAUUCUAAGUAAUAAAUAUCUGGCAUUUUGA